AUGGCAAUCGACAAGUUCACAAAAUCGAUCGAAGUCAAGCCAGUGACAGCCACCACAGCAGCCAAGGCAGCCGAGUUCAUCAAGGAGAUAUCACACCGAUUCGGGGUGCCUAACCGGAUCAUCACAGAUCUAGGCACUUCGUUCACGGGCUCUGAGUUCUGGGACUACUGCCACAAAAGCUGCAUUGACAUCUACUAUGCCUCCGUAGCGCACCCCAGGUGCAAUGGCCAAGUCGAAAGGGCCAACAGCUUGAUCCUCCAGGGGCUCAAGGCCAGAAUUUUCGAUCCGAUCGAAAAAUAUGGUGCAAAGUGGCUCCAAGAACUACCUAGAGUAGUUUGGGGCCUCCGCACACAGAGAGGCCGGGCCAUGGGUUAUUGGCCAUUCUUCAUGGUAUAUGGUUCUGAAGCAGUCUUGCCAUCGGAUAUAGCUUUUGGUGCUCCGCCCAUCCAGAACUAUGACGAAAACAAAGCCGAAGCGACUCGAUGCACCGACAUCGACUCGACAGAGGAGCACUGCCUGACGGCCUCCAUACAUCAUGCGAGAUUUGAGCAGCAGCUCUGGCGCUAUCAUGAUCGCAAUGUCCACGAGCGAUACUUCAACGUCGGUGACCUGGUUCUACGACGAAUCCAGUCGACCACCGGCGCUCACAAGCUGUCCUCCCCAUGGGAAGGCUCCUUUGUAGUCAGUGGGAUAGUGGUUCCUGGAACCUACCACCUACAGAGGCCAGACGGUACAGAUGUGGGCAACCCAUGGAAUAUCGAGCACCUGUGCCACUUCUAUCCAUAG